UUAAGAAAGGGUUAAUUUAAUGUGUCGUACUUGUGUGGAUUUAGGACCUUGGCGAUGGUUCGAUGAUUCAAUGCUUGAUUGUUGUGAACCACUAGAAAAGAUUAAAUCUGAAGGGAUUACAUUUGGGAAAGUGGCUUGUUUGGCUCAUUGCAAUGGAGCUAAAGUUGAUGCUUUUAGAACGAAUGGGAGCUCGAUUGAAGAGUUCCGCAAAUUUGUGAUCUUAUGUUCUGCUUCAGAGAAUUGUCAUUUGAUCACUUCAUACCAUAGAGGACAUUUUAAGCAGACUGGAAGUGGUCAUUUUUCACCAAUUGGAGGCUACCAUGCUGGAAGAGAUAUGGUUCUCAUAUCAGAUGUUGCUCAGUUUAAAUACCCUCCUCAUUGGGUUCCUCUUACACUUCUGUGGGACACCAUGGGCACCAUCGAUAAAGCGACAGGGCACCCAAGGGGGUACAUGAUUAUUUCUAGGCUUGAGCGAGCCCCGUCUGUUCUUUAUACUGUGAGUUCCAGGCACGAAAGUUGGAACAGUGUCGCAAUGUACUUAACGGAGGAUGUCCCUUUCCUCUUGAAGUUGGAGGAUCUAAAAGAUAUUCAGCACGUACUUUCUGUAAUUUUUAUAUCACCGCUUGCUGAUUUAAGAGAGUUCAUCAAAUGGAUUGCUGAAAUUCGUAUUCUAGAGGAUGGAAAUUUAAUUCUGAGUGAAGAAGAGAAGGAAAGGCUAACCGUAAAGAUUUGUUUUCGAAUUGAUCUAUUUUUCACAUUCUUGAUAAAAUGGCAAAGUCUGAUUCCAUUGAUUGGCGGCGCGAUUGGGGAGUCGUCGAUGGACGAAGAAGAGAAGAAAGAGGUUUGA